AUGGCGGAUUGGGCUCCGGUUCUCGUCGGAGUAGUUCUUUUCGUGAUCCUCUCUCCGGGACUUCUCUUCUCAAUACCCGGAACCAACCGAGGGGUAGACUUCGGUAACUUUAAAACCAAUGGAAAAGCCAUAGCUGUUCACACUCUCAUUUUCUUCGCCAUUUACUCUAUUUUGAUCCUCGCCGUUAAUCUCCACAUCUACGCUGGUUGA